AUGCACGAAAAAGAGCAGAGCUCGCCAUGGCUGGCCAUCAAGUUUGGAUGCUGUGCGUCCAAGGAGGAUGUCAUUGAUGAAUCGAGAGAUGAUAUAAGAGGCAUUGAAGAAACCGACAUGCGCAUCUGCUAUGAGCAGCCUCGUGCUGUGCCUCAGCCCUGUGCUGAGCCAAUACAUGCGCGUCCAUCAACAAGUCAGUCAGUCAGCCGACACGUCUCACAAUGGGUAUCAAACAGUCGUGAGUAUGCCACACGUGCCUCGUCUCGCACCAGCAUCUCCACCCUUGCACGACCUAGCCGCUCGCGAGCCCGCCCUAGUAUCAGCCGGCCCACCAACUUUCGACACUUUGACGGCCUUGAUGACUUCCCAUCAAUGCUCGACGAUGCGUCCAUGCCCGUCCGUCGUCGUCGGAGCUUUCGUCCUCUUGAGCUCUCCAUCUACCUACCCAAUGGCUGUGGUCGUCUCUCUCCGCUGCCAGACUUUGGCGACGAAGAGUACUGGUCCAACUUGCCAUCACAGCUCUCCCGUCCCCAGGAAGCCCAUGUCCGUGUAAGAGACUCGCGUACGAGUUCUGUCUCUUCGGAGCCUUCUUCGUCUUCCUAUCUUGUCCAACGCAAACCUGUUCGUACCAACUCCGGACGCACCAGUGUGCAGAGCCAACACAGCACUGUCACACAUGAGAGGAGAUUGUCUGGAACUACCAUGGGCACCAUGGCUACGCCUACACUUGCGUUUCUGCCUGAAGAUUCACCUCUUCCAGACAACCAAGUAUCCGAAAGGCCCUCCAUCCGUCGUUCACACACUUCCGGCACAUUGUCACCAGCACGCGUCCUCUCACGCCUCCCUUCCCCAUCUCGUGCUCGUGCCAACACCGCGCCCUCCCGCCCUGGCAGCAUCCGGCGCACAAAAACAGACGUCGACGACGCCAUCCGCGAACUCAACACCAUCGUCGAAGAACGCCGCGCAAGCGCCUAUCGUUCCCAAACUCAAACCCCCUCCUUGAUCAACCGCCCUCCGCCCUCGCCCUCCCACCACGUUCCCUACCUCGCCCCCUCAAUGCGCAUGCACGUGCGCUCAGAGACACUAUCUGAUAUCGGCUCCGCCUUCUCAGCACCCUUAAGCUCCAAGACGCUCCCCUCUACCCCGGAACCCGCCCGCCGAACCACCUUGGGUCUCAGCCUCGCAGUCCCCCCGCGCCUCCAUACCGGCCCUCUAACUUCGAAUCCUCCCACCCCGCCUCCAGCCGCAACACCCACCACCCCAAUUGCCCGGCUAGGCGCUUGGCUCAAACGCUCUACCUCAUCACUCGCCUCAAGCGCAACAUCGCUGCCCGCAACUCCUAAGACGGCAGCCUCCUUCUACAAGUGCGAAGCCACUCGCCCCAAUCUCCCCUCUUCCUCCUCCUACUCCUCCUCCAACCUCUCCGACCGUACCCUGCACACCCGUCAAGAAUCCCAAGCCAGCACCGACACCGCUACAACCGCCACCCUCUUCUCCUCCACCCGCACCCCGACUCGUCCCGAAUCCCCCGUCUCAAGCAUCGCCACCACCUCUCCACCCCGCAAACUCCGCCGCGUCCCUGCGCCCUUGAUCCUCGUCGACAACAAGGAGAUUCAGAUCGACAAGCUCGUAGUCUCACCCGCUAGUACCCGCUGCAAUGUUACGCCCCCCGUCAGUCCCAAUAGGGACUUACUCAAGGGCAUGGAGAUUGUCGCCAAGGAUGUUCAUCUCGGUGCGAGGUGGAGUCGACGCAGCUUUUUGAGGAGAGAGGGCGCGGUCGGUGUGGCGUUUUAG